AUGUAUAUGUAUAUUUGUCAGUCUUUAUGGGGUAAUUCUCCUUCGUUCUGUCUCAUGAAGGUUCUAGGUUGUGGCUGAAUUUAUUGCCUUUCUUUUGGAGCCAUGAAUCCACUGCAAAACUGGAUGAGGUGCCUCUCCUUUUGGCUUUUCUGUUUUUGGUGCUUGUCUUUUCUCCUCUUUGCAAGCCCUGUGCCACCAAAGGAAGCUGAUGCUGUUACUAAACACUCCUGCACACUCAACAAAAGCGUCUUCCAGAUAUUCUACAUCAAGAACUGUACCGACACCUUGGCUGAACAGGCCCAACUUUUUGAUAAAGAUACAGAUAACAGAUUCAUUGGGGAACAUCUGUAUGUUAACAUCAAGGAGAGGGAUCGCUGCUACCUAAUGAAGAGAGUAACAGAUAUUGUGGUGACCAAUGUCCUCUAUGAGCUAAAAUCUUCUCCUGAAACACAUUCCAAAGUCCAGGAAGUGGCAAAUUUCUUGGCUCAUUUGUCUGUGGAUCUGAAUGGCUGUAAACCAUUGGGAGAAAAAAAGCACAUUGAAAGCAAUCUGAAACAAAUGAAAGACAAAUUAGAUCAGGUAAUUGGGAGAGAAUGGAAGAACAAAAUGGUUGGUGAGUUGGAUUUACUGUUUGAGUACUUGAAGAGCAAUGCUCAAAGCUACAGAGAACCAGAGAGACAGGAACAAAGAAGAAGUACAGAAACCACUAUUGUGAACUGA